AAACUUGCUCAGCUUUCGAUCCAAGCGGGCCUUCCUCCCGGGGUACUGAAUAUACUUUCCGGGCAUGGCCAAAUCAGCGGUGCAACCCUAUCUUCACACAUGGAUGUCCGCGCAAUAUCCUUUACUGGUUCUACCCGAGCUGGAAGUCAGAUUCAGACUGCUGCAGCGAAGUCUAACAUGAAGAGUGUGAUUUUGGAGUUAGGCGGAAAGUCUCCAGCUGUUAUCUUCGACGAUGCCGAUUUAGAGUCAGCAGCGGCCAAGACUGCAAACAGUAUUCAAUGGAAUAGUGGUCAGGUUUGUAUGGCAAAUUCACGAAUAUAUGUCCAAGAUACUGUCGCGGAGAAAUUCCUCCGGCUUUUCAAUGUAGCCUUUGGCUCCAUUCAACAAGGAAACCCACUCAACCCAACCACAAACCAUGGUCCAAUGGCAGAUGAUGUUCAGUUUGAUGCAGUUCGGAGAUACAUUGAAUCGGGUAAAGAUUCUGGCACGCUCACUUUGGGUGGUUCUUCAAAGGAUGGGUUCGUGGAGCCUACAGUGUUUACCAGCGUGCCACAGAAUGCAAAAAUCAUGAGGGAAGAGAUCUUUGGCCCGGUGGUGAACAUCAGCAUCUUCCAUACCGAGGCAGAGGCACUUGCAAAAGCCAAUGAUACCGAAUAUGGCCUCUAUGCCGCAGUCUUUACGAAGAAUAUCAACCGGGCGAUGCGGUUUGCAAAGGGACUGCAAGCGGGAACUGUCGGUGUCAAUUGUACGUCGCCGGUUACUGGCCAUGACUUAUCCUUUGGAGGAUGGAAGUCCAGUGGAGUAGGAAGGGAGGGCCUACUUGACAGCAUUAGCGCCUUUUUAGAACAGAAGUCAGUCCUGAUCAAGAUAGAAUAG